AUGGGCUCCAGCGGGUCGAUCAGGAAGUCGUCCGACGCGCCGCAGGGCACCGCCCUCCCGGGCGGGGGCCCGUCUCCGCAGCGCUCCCCGCGCCCUCUUUCGGCGGGCGACGGCGGCGCCUGCGGCCUCGAGGGCGAGGCGUCUUGGCUUGCGGAUACGGCCGGGCCGAGGCGUGAGAUCGAGGUCGCGGCGGAGGCGAGUGGAGAACUGCUGGCGAGCGUGUCCUUCGCGGAGCCCACGAUCCGCCCCCGAGAUCUUUGGCACCCCGCGCGCACCCCGCACGACAUGCCUUCCAAGGGUGGCGGCAGCAUCUGGACCCAAUCCAGUGGUCUCGCCGUGCUUGGUAUUGUGGUGCUGCUGCUCGUCGUGCUGGUCACAGUUUUGCUGCUGGCCGACGUGCACUGUUGGCCCUCGUCCACGCGGCAGCUGGCGAGUGGAGCACUGCUGGCGAGCGUGUCCUUCGCGGAGCCCACGAUCCGCAGCGGCGAGCUUGUGAAGGAGGACCGCGCGGACGCUGGGGCGGUGCCCAGGCCACCGCCCCGGAGCGCCGCCCCGCCGAAGGAGGCGUGGGGCCUGCAGGCGGCGGCCUCGCCCAAGACGGGCGACGGGGGCCCGCCCGCCCAAGGACAGACUCGCGGAUGCGGGGGGCUCGGGCCUGGUGCUGGCCGCGGACGUUGGCGGCACGAACUCCCGCGCCGCGCUCAGAUCUUCGGGGGCACGAGCAGUGCUCGUAGAGGUGCCCGCAGCCCGUCAGCGCAGGCUCCUGACGGAGAAGAAGUACGCGAACCUCCGGUAUUCCAGCUUCGAGGCGGUGUUCGAGGCGUUCAUGAAGGACGCCGCCGAGGAGGGGCUCGUCACCAGCGAGGUGCGCCCCAGCGUGGCCUGCCUGGCCGUGGCCGGCGUCGUGGAGGCGAACACGUGCCGGCUCACCAAUCUGGACCGGACUGGAUCAUCGACGGCCCCAUGCUCGAGGAGCGCUUCGGCCUGCAGUGCAUAGAGGUCAUCAACGACUUCGUGGCCCAGGGCUACGGAACUCUCACCCUCCGGGCGGACGAGAAGAUCCACAUCUACGGCCCCAAGACCGCCCUCAGCGGCGCGCCGAUCGCCUGCAUCGGCGCCGGCACAGGCCUGGGGCAGUGCUUCCUGACCGCGGACGCGGAGGGAGAGUACACCGCCUUCCCCAGCGAGGGCGGCCACGCGGAGUUCGCCCCGCGCGGCGCGGGCAACGACGAGACGCAGAUCGAGCUGCUAAGGUACCUGAAGGUCAAGUUCUCUGGUUGGAACCGCAUCUCGUUCGAGCGCGUGGUGUCGGGGAAGGGCAUCUGCAACACCUACGAGUUCUUGGCGUACAAAAACCCUGGCCGGAUCGACAAGAAGGUCCACAGCGAGUACCUGGCGUCGAGAGAGAACGCGGGCAUCGUCGCCCAGAACGCGCGGCCGGGGACGCUGCCGCCACCACCCACCGAUGCCCUUGUGCGCGACAGGUCGGGGUCCAGGACUAUCUAG